UGCCUAUCACCGGAUGUAACGAAAUCGACCAAUCAACGUUUCCCUGAGAAAGGUGCUAUCGCGUGGCUGCCCUCGGUACAAUCUCAAUUUGAACUCGUGUGCACCAGUUUAUAGCCUCUACUCGUCUGCUUCUACUCUAAACGUGCUACUCAAAUGCUGAGGUUCUUUCGCAGAUCCAGCGCCGGAAUCAAUGAAGUCGAAGUAAAACCUGCACGGGAAGAGAACGUCGUCGAUACGGUAUCACACACUGCUCGCACUGACUCUUGCAGCCACAGUCAGGGCAUCGAAGAGAGGGAUAGUCUAGAUAAGAGCGAGCAGCAGACAAGAGAGAAACAUGAGCAAGACUCGCAGGAAGACGACAGCGAGUUGGCAAGAGAGACGGCAGCGAUGAGCCUCUCCGAACCGGCAAGCGAGAGUCGACAAAGCAAUGAACGCUGCGACCACCCGAAACGUAAACACAUUAGACACGACAUGACAUUGUCGUCAUCAUCCUCCGAUGACGAAUUGGGGGAAAUACUUCGAGGUGGCGCUUGGGCAACGCCGUCGGCGACCUCCACUUCCACACUCUUUCGUCGCCGGAUCGAUGCGAGUCCGUGCAAGAAGCAUCGCGGCGUCACUCGUCCGUUUCUCAACUUCGAGAAAAUGCGUCAGUCGCGAUUCUCGACUGGAUUCCGACGUGUGCCGAAUCCGAGGGGUAAAGAGUCGCGAGUUUAUAGCCUCAAGUUGAGUCACGGGCUCAAGUCGUCAAACGCUAGGGUCACUCCCAUCAGCUUGUGUCCGCCUAAAGAUGAAUCUCCCUAUGCGUUCUUGGCACUGCAGCAUUUGCCUACUCAGAUGGAUGUCGUUCCUUGCCUGCACUGAUCGAUGAUCAUGGAUUGUUAACCAUUGGCAAUCUUUAAUUAAUUAAGUCUGAGAGAUCUAGUUUCAUAAUUUUGCAUCCUAUAGGAAAACGCUUAUAUAUUAACACCGCGUGUGUAUAUACUCACUGAUGUAUAUAUGUAUACUAAGUAAUUUACAAUGAGCAGAAGACUUGACUACUACGUGCAAUGUGUAUAUGCAGUGUGUAUGUGCAGUGUAGGCUGUUGCCAAUAUUUGUGUACAUUAAACUGAGAUAUCAACGAGAGAUCUGAA